CGAAAUUCUCGGCAGGAUCAACAUUCUUGUGGCAAUCAGUACUCACUAUACACUAUCUUCAAAUAUCAAUCAAUUCUUCUUUUCAUUUGACCAACAUGGCUCGCAUCUUGAUCACUGGCUCUGCUGACGGCUUCGGCAUCGUCGCUGCUCGUCAACUCGUCCAACGCAACCAUGAAGUCUACCUCCACGCACGAAAUGCCCAGCGUGCAGCUGAUGCCAAGGCGCAAUGCCCCGGUGCAGCCGGCGUCUUUAUUGCUGACUUGUCUCUCGUCUCUGAGACAAAGAGACUCGCUAAGGAAGCCAACGCCGUUGGGACCUUUGAUGCCAUUAUUCACAAUGCUGGCAUGCUCUAUGGACCUUUCCGGAGGACACCUGAUACUGGACUUCCGGCCAUGGUGGCUGUCAACGUCCUUGCGCCCUAUAUCCUCACUUGUCUUUUGACCCCUCCCAAACGACUCGUCUAUAUUGCAUCUCAGUUGCAUAAGGAUGCCAAUACCGACGUUAAGGAUAUUUUCUGGCUGGAGCGUGGGGAAGCUCAGUUUAAGGACUAUCCUGCCUACUGCAACUCGAAGCUACACGUCAUACUGCUCACUAAUGCAGUAGCUAGGCGUUUCAAGGAUACAUCAGUUCUCUCUGUGCACCCAGGCUGGGUUGCCACAAAGAUUGGUGGCCAGGGUGCUCCUGAUAGGCUUGAGGAUGGAGUUGAGACGUACGUCAUGCUGGCCGAAGGAGGUUAUGAUCAAAGCUUGACUGGAAAGUAUUUUGAGCCUAAGAAGCGACUGGGUAUGCCGCUUUCCGAGUGUGAUGAGGUUGACCUGCAAGAAGCGGUUGUUGAUGCUUGUAAAAGACUUACAGGAUUGACGCUUCCUUGAUUAUCAGACCCUAGAACUAGUCGCGCUGUGAGUUGAAUAUUAGGCAAUGAAAC